AUGAAGAAUUUUUUAACCCUUUGGUUUAUUACUAUCGCUUUAAUUGCAUCAUUCACCUCUGCUCAUGAACAAGAAAUUCAUGUUACAAGUCCAGGCGCUGGUCCAUGGGCCAUCGGUUCCACUCAAUCCGUCAGCUGGUGGUCUCUCUCUAUUUCAACCGAAUCUCUCGUUAAAAUUAAGAUUAUUUGCAAAGGAUCUGGUAAAGUUGUUCACACGGGUGAAGCCACAUGUGGAACCGGAAACCAUGAUUUCGUUGUCGGUGACUGGGAUGUAAAUGACAAAUAUUUCCCCGUCGUUUAUCUCGAAAAGGACGAAACAUGCAAGGGAGUGGGCGGAUUAUUUGAAAUCUACAAGACUGGUGAAAAAUCAUAUUACUAG